AUGCUACUGAACUUGGACCUUGUUGGUCGUGGGCCUAUUAUAAUCGAGUCAACCAUCGAGGAAGAGAAAAAUAUCAUCAACUGGGUUUCCUACGGGCCUGCCACUGACAGGUUCUAUCAAGAGCUUUGGGCACAAAGAGACUCGAUCGAAGCUCUUGUCAAACAUCACCUAGCGCUGAAUAGGAGAGACAUGUGUUGCGUGUUGCCGUCGUACCAUUGGAUUCGAGGUAGUUUCAAUGUUUGUGUAUUCGUCGAAGUAAUGUUGGGCAACUUGGCCAGGAAGGUCAUAUUUCGCUGUCCUAUGCCACACAAGCUUGCUGAAACCCGGUACCCGGGCAGCAUAGAUGAGAAGUUAGGUAGCAAGGUGGGUGCACAUGUAUGGAUAGAAGAGAAUUGCUCGGAGAUCCGCUCACCUCAUCUAUUUGGCUUUGGCAUGAUGGAUGGCCUUCAUUUUACUCACACAAAACACCUUGCAUUCUUCCCUCGUGUGAUGCGGCUGUUUUGGCGUUUCGUUCACAGGUCUCUUCGGCCUCCGUUGCUUUCUCAUUAUGCCUUGAACCCGCCGAGUCAACAAAGUUCUCCGCUGUACAUACUAUGGGAAUACCUAGGCCCCGAAACAGGUGAGAUACUUUCAGAUACAUUUGAUAUGCAUAGGGAAGAUAAAGCACGGAGGCAGAGACUGUUUAGAGGCAUAUCUCGGAUCAUGAUUUCUCUCGCACGGCUUCCCCAGGCGCAUAUCGGAUCCUUCCAAUUGAAUGACAGUGGUACCAUUACGUUGACUAACCGACCACUCACUUGUUCGAUGGCGAUUUUGGAGAACGACGGCGCUAUUAGGACAAUGCCGCGAAAUAAUACGAUUAACUGUACGGAUGCAUUCCCAAAUGCCGUGAACGAUGAGAGUGACUGCCGGACCCAGAUGGCGGUUAAGACACUACUUCGAGUGGUUUCACACAAUUGCAUUAAACGAGGACUCCGCAAUGUAUGUGCCCUACCCGCCGAAAAGCUGGCAGUACCAUACUGGCUGACCGUGACGAAGAUGCGGGCGAAAGCAAGUCCUAACAUCAGUCUUUCCGAAAUCAUGCAUGACAUGUGGGGUUCGAAACGGGUGUGGUUCUGGUAUUGUCUAUCGUUUGUAAAUGCCAUGUAUUUCCUUCUUGAACCUCAUUUAUUACCGCCGAAGUCCCUUUCACCAGAAGCUGAGGGAGUCUUGUCGAGGUUUUGGAGUAGAGAGUCGGAGGAAAUUAUACGGGAAAAGCUCGCGGACAAGAAGGCCUAUGAUGAAGAGCUUCGAGCAUUGUUCAAUGAGUAA